GAACGUCACACUCCAGAAAUGAAACUAAAGUCAGUCAGAGCAACAACGGAGCUGCAGUCCAGAUGAGUGUGUUUCUGUCUAAAAGAAAAUUAAAGUGAGUCCAUCAGGUCUUUGUCAACAACACAGCAGAGUCUCUACCAAACACUGUGUGUAGACAUGUCUGCUGCCAGCUGUCUGCUAUCUGAAGAUGAGUUUCUGUGCUCCAUCUGUCUGGAUGUGUUCACUGAUCCAGUCUCCACACCAUGUGGACACAACUACUGCAAAAACUGCAUCACUCAACACUGGAACACUGCUGACCAGUACCUGUGUCCGGUGUGUAAAAAGGUUUUUAACAUAAAACCCGAGCUGCACAUCAACACUUUCAUCUCUGAGAUGGUUGCUAAGUUCAGAAAACUCAACAAGUCAACUCAACAGAAAGCCAGCAGCAGCAGCUCAGAGCAACAAGUUGCCAAACCAGGAGAAGUUUCCUGUGACGUCUGCACUGGAACCAAACUGAAGGCCCUGAAGUCCUGCCUGGUGUGUCUGACCUCCUACUGUGAGACUCACCUGGAGCCUCAUCUGACAGUGUCAGGCCUGAAAAGACAUCAGCUGAUGGACCCUGUGGAGAACCUGGAAGACAGGAUGUGUACGAAGCACGAUAAACCUCUGGAGCUGUUCUGUAAGACCGACCAGACAUGUGUCUGCAUGCUCUGCUCUGUUUUAGACCACAGGACACAUGAGUUUGUUCCUCUGAAAGAAGAAUAUGAAGGAAAGAAGGCAGAGCUGGAGAAGACAGAGGCUGAAAUUCAGCAGAUGAUCCAGAAGAGACGACUGAAGAUUGAGGAGAUCAAACACUCAGUCAAGAUCAGUAAAGAUGAUGCAGACAGAGAGAAAGCAGAAGGUGUUCAGGUCUUCACUGCUCUGAAGGAGUCUGUUGACAGAGGCCUGAACCAGCUCAUAAAGGAGAUGGAAGAGAAACAGAAAACCACAGAGAAACAGGCUGAAGACUUGAUCACAGAGCUGGAACAGGAAAUCUCUGAGCUGAUGAAGAGAAGCACUGAGGUGGAGCAGCUCUCACUCUCUGAAGACCACCUCCACCUCCUCCAAAACUUCCCAUCCCUGAAAGCUGCUCCACCCACCAAGGACUGGACAGAGGUCAGAGUCCGUCCACCAUCAUAUGAGGGGACUGUGGUGAGAGCUGUGGCUGUGGUGAGAGCUGAGUCUCUCCAGCUACUUAUUGAAGAGGUGAAGAGGCUAUCCACUGAGGUUGAGCUGAAGAUGGUCAAUAAAGAGGAGAAGAAACUCUUUGAGGCUGAGCUGAAGAGGGUCCAGCAGUAUGCAGUGGAUGUGACUCUGGAUCCUGAUACAGCAAAUCCUAAACUCAUCCUGUCUGAUGAUGGGAAACAAGUUCACUGUGGUGAUGUGAAGAAGAAUCUUCCAGACAACCCAGAAAGAUUUAAACGUUACAUCACUGUUUUAGGAAAACAGAGUUUCUCUUCAGGCAGAUUUUACUUUGAGGUUCAGGUUAAAGGAAAGACUAAAUGGAAAUUAGGAGUGGCCAGAGAGUCGAUCAAGAGGAGGGGAAAAAUCACACUGAGCCUUAAAUGUGGUUACUGGGUGAUAUGUUUGAGAAAUGAGAGUGACUAUGAAGCUCUGGAUGACCCUUCAGUCCGUCUCUCUCUGAAGUCUGGUCCUGAGAAGGUGGGGGUGUUUGUGGAUUAUGAGGAGGGUCUGGUCUCCUUUUAUGACGUAGAUGCUGCAGCUCUCAUCUACUCCUUUACUGGCUGCUCCUUCACUGAGAAACUCUACCCGUUCCUCAGUCCAGGGCUUAAUGAUGGUGGUAAAAACUCUGCUCCUCUGAUCAUCUGUCCUGUCAAUCAAACUGAGUAAACUGAUAACUUACAUUA